AUGAAUAGUGAAGAUCCUAGUAUUAAAGAUAAAGUGUUAAUAUUUAAAAGUCAACUUGAUAAUUUUUUUGAAUAUACUAAGAAAAAAAACCAAACUAAUCAACCUGACUCACUUUGGGAAGUUAAGCAGUAUCUUGAUGAAAAUAUUGUUGAUAAGACCACUGAUAUUCUUGAAUA